AUGGCUAAAAAUCAAAUCAAGAAAGGAAAUUCGGAAAAAGUUAAUAAAGACAUUCACUCCAAUUUUUUCGUAAAAUCCAGCGAGAAGAAGGGAUUUUAUUCAAAAUCCAAACACACAAAUGUUGCAGAAAAUAAAAAUUCUUUUGGAGACAAAAGAAAAUCCCAGAACAUCCGAAAAGUGCAAGAUUCUUCUGAAGAAAACGUGACUAAUUCAACCAAGAAACCUUUUGACAAAAAAACAUAUCGUUUGAAGAAAUACAGUAAAAAAUUUAAAGUGCAACAAUGGGAAGAUACAAGAAAGAAAGCUGUUUUAAAAGAUUAUUAUCGCCAAGUCAAAGAUCCUGAUCAAAAAUUUGAUGUGACAAGAAUCUAUGAUGAUCCUCGAAAUCAUGAUUCAGAUGAUGAUAAUCUGCCUACAAACACAACGCCCACUACCAGUAUUACUAAAAUUGUUGAAGUUAAUAAAUCAAGUGGAGACGACACCUUAAUAAAGAAGAAAAAACCUUUUCAGAAGGCGCAAGAACAUUUUAAUCGAUUAAAGGACGAGAAACAAAAGAAACGGGAAGAGUUUUUGAAAGUAAAAGCUGAAAGAGAGGAAGCUCUUAAAAAAUAUCGAAAAGAAAAAUCGAUUAAAUCUAAAAGACUUUCUAGAAAAACUAAGAGGGGUCAACCAAUAAUGAAAGACCGAAUAGAGAUGUUAUUGGAAAAGAUUCAAAAAAGUGUGAAUUAA